GUGACGCAGCAAGAUGGCGACUACAAUGUUGAAUGGAUGUGAAUGAUUUAAACUAAGUGGGUCCGCCUUUUCUGCAAAUUUGGAUCUGCUGGUUAAUUGUUCAUCUUCAUCAUAUCACAAAAUCAAGAUGGCCCUAAAUGUCUUUGAUCAUGAUGAAUACAGGCCGCCAGUAUGGAAGUCUUAUUUGUACCAGCUCCAGCAGGAGGCGCCACAUCCACGUAGACUCACCUGCACACGUGAGGUGAACAAUCGACCCAAAUACUAUGGAAGAGAAUAUCAUGGGAUGAUCUCCAGAGAAGAGGCUGACCAGUUGCUAAGUCAAGCUGAAGGCAGCUACCUCAUCAGGGAGAGUCAGAGACAGCCAGGGACAUACACGCUGGCUCUGAGGUUUGGGAACCAGACCAGAAACUUCCGUCUUUACCAUGAUGGAAAGCACUUCGUUGGAGAAAAAAGGUUUGAGUCCAUCCACGACCUGGUUACAGAUGGCCUCAUCACACUCUAUAUUGAGACAAAGGCUGCUGAGUACAUUGCAAAGAUGACCAUAAACCCAAUCUAUGAACAUGUUGGCUACACCACCUUGAACCAGGAGCCGUCACUGAAAAAACACCAGCCGCUCAGCCCCGAGGCUCCAGACGGACCUGCUCUGACAAAAGAUGACUGCAACACUGAAGAGAGGCUCACGUCGCUGGUGCGGCGGGCCACCCUGAGAGAGAGCGACCUGGUGCCCAAGUACGAGAAGGUCCACAACUUCAAGGUUCAUACAUUCAGAGGCCCCCAUUGGUGCGAGUACUGCGCCAACUUUAUGUGGGGUCUCAUUGCUCAGGGAGUCAAGUGUGCAGAUUGCGGCUUGAACGUCCACAAGCAGUGCUCCAAAGUCGUCCCCAACGACUGCCAGCCUGACCUGCGGCAUGUCAAGAAGGUGUACAGCUGCGACCUGACCACGCUGGUGAAAGCCCACAACACCAAGAGGCCGAUGGUGGUCGACAUGUGCAUACAGGAGAUCGAGGCCAGAGGUCUACAGUCUGAGGGUUUGUACAGAAUAUCAGGCUUCAGUGAGCUCAUUGAAGAUGUAAAGCUGGCCUUUGACAGAGAUGGAGAAAAGGCUGAUAUCUCCUCUAACGCUUACGAGGACAUCAACAUCAUCACCGGUGCCCUAAAGCUCUACUUCCGAGAGCUGCCGAUACCCCUCAUUACAUACGACGCACACCCACGCUUUAUUGAAGCCGCAAAGAUUACAGACGCAGAAAAACGCCUGGAGGCUCUUCACGAGGCCUUGAAGCUGCUGCCGCCUGCUCACCUCGAGACGCUGCGAUACCUCAUGGCUCACCUAAAGAGGGUGACCCAGUGCGAGAAGGAGAACCUCAUGUCCAGUGAGAACCUGGGAAUCGUCUUCGGCCCGACGCUGAUGAGAGCCCCCGAGCUGGAUGCCAUGACGGCGCUCAACGACAUCCGCUACCAGAGACUAGUGGUGGAAACUCUGAUCACCAACGAGGACGUGUUGUUCUGAUGCGCAUAAUUUGCCAUUUCCUCGUGUAAAAUUACUUUUUACAUGAAAAUGAAGGACAAACCAGAAACUUGGACUAAAAGUACACUACAUGAAGAGAGGACAAUGAAGGACUUACUUUGAGACAAAAAGAUGUGAGAAUGCAUCGUCUCCCAUGUUGUCUACAUGUAAAACCAACAAACUAUUGAAAGUUGCAAUUUUUAAGCCUUACUCCAUCAUAGCACCUCCAUCAUUUGGAGAAAGUAAUGGUAGCAUUGCAACAGUGUUGUUUUUCCAUGUAGGGGAAAUGGUGCAUUUUCAAUCUGUGUUGUCUCUUCCUUAAACGGAUGCCUUGACAGCUUUUACUCGAUCUUUUUUAUCCGUUGCAGCUCUUCUUGUUCAGCUACCUUCAGAACAUUCAGGAUUAGCAUUGUUAGCAUUUAGCACAGGAACCUAAUGACACUGCUCGCCAUGAGCUAAGGAGCUGUCAGUGGUUUGAGUGAACAAAAAUGCUGCUUUGUAAUCAACGCCAACUUUUUUCCUCAGCGGUGAGAGAUUGUUUUGUUUACUCUUUGUUUCCGUAGCAUCAAGGUAUCCUUUUAGUCCUCAUCAAGUGAAGGCAAGGAUGAAACGCUGGCUUCCGCAGCAGUAGACAGCUGGAUGAAUGAAUGAAUGAAUGAAACGAGCACUCAUUCCUCUGAAUGGAACUUAAAGUGACUUGGACCUAUUGUGUUUUCAUUCCUCUUUACUUUAUGGCUCCCUCUGCUGUUCCAUCAGCUGCAUUACAACUACAUGGAAACAUUACCUUAAAAAGUAAUGCCCUUCCAGUUUUUGAAUGAAAAUUUUAGCUUAAGUCAGGUUUUCCCAUUUUUGAUAUCAUCCAUUAAUGGAACUGAAGGAGCUGUAAAUUAAAGAGUCAGGUUAGGGAUAUUUUCUUGCUGUUUACUCUCAUUUCUCCACCAGCCUGCUUUUAAAAUAAAUCAGUUUAAAGGGAAAUUUAAAGCUCCUGUGAGGAAAAUCCAGGUUGUUGACAUUGGCGCCCUCUUGUGGACAAAGCAGCAAUCUUGUUUUCACCUUUACAUAUAAAAAUUUGAUUCCUUCAUAUUGUAAAUGCAUAAAAUGCAGCUUACAAUGAAUCAUAAAGGUUUAAAGAUGAUGUUUUGACAACAUCUUGUUUGACACCUACUCCACAGUAGCAUGUAAAGGUGAUCAAAAAUAACAACACAGCAAUAGUUAACUGUAUUGCUGAUGGGGUUUUCAUAAAGAUUCAUCAGAAUGAAUUUCAGCCUGUUUCACCACCAUUUUAACAAAUCCUCACAGGAGCUUUAAAAUACUCUGCAGUUAAAUGUCAAUCAGGGCUUUGAAGAGCUAUAUUUUCUAAUCAUCUUUGACUUAAAAUUAAAAGAAUACACAUAAAAGAGGCAUAGAGAGAAAGGAGAAAACACCUCAUUAUAAGUGACUUGAAAUAAAUGUGAAAAAGCGCUUAUCUUUUCUGUUUUUAUCUGUUUAAGUUAGCUUGUAAUGAAGCAGUGUUACCGGGCAGAUUUUGCGCUGAUAAUUGCAUGUCUGGCUGCUAUUCAGUAGUAAUUCCAAGGCCUGCUUUCUUUAUUGGACCCAAAUGAAAAAUGCUUCACUAACAGUAGACUAUUUAAUAUUUGAUAUCGGCAUUGAUAAACAAAACGCAGAGAAGCUCAAUUAGACAGAAAAUUUUAAUGUUGCAAUUUAGAUGAGAUUGGUGCCGUCUUCUUUCAGUGUACUAUUUCACAACUAAGCCUUUUUGUACUUAUUUUUCACUGUCUGCUGUUUGUUUUAACACAUAUCUCCAGCGAUUACAUCUAACUGUGAAAAUGUGAGAAUAAUAAUGCUAAUGAUAGCCAGGUCAGGUGUUUUUUCAGUUUUUUUCUUUCUCUUUAACUGGCGUAACAUUGAACACUGAAGGUUAUUUUUUAAUGUUUUGGCCGUGUUCUGAUGUUAUAAAAGCAGUAUUAAUGAUGGGACAGUGUUGCUAAUCAUGAGUAAUAUGAAGGAGUGAAUCAGCCAGGAUUUUUCUUUUCUAACUAGUGCCAUUUAAAAAAAAAGGUGGAGGCGUAGGAUUGAUGCCUUCUGCAUGUACAAACCCCACCUCAGCUAACAUACAUUUACCCCCUCUUUAUUUACCCCCAUUUCUGUCGGGGGGUGAUUAUUUUGACUUGUUUCACGGAGCAAAGUGGGAGUUAGGGUUGUAAAAUAUCAAAAUGGAUGUAAAAUAAAAGUAACACCAUCUUUUUCUAACUUUUUUUUAGUACAUGUGAUUUUUAUUUUUACAGUUUUGUUGACUUUAUGUUGUUUAUUCUUCGCUGUUUAUCUAACAUGUACUAACCACAGUGAGACUAACCCGAUGGAAACUUUUGAGCCUUCAGUGACCUGUGACACUUGCUUUUUUGCAUCAUAAAUGUCAUUUUUUAUUAUUGUUGUCAUUGCUGUACAGUAUUUUCUAUAUGGUUUAUGCAUGAUGAAAUUAAAUUAUUAAAUAUGGCUCUCAGUUUGUGCACAUC